AUGGAUGUAAAAGCGUCAAGUUCGGAGAAGUCUCAGCUGAUCCACGACAAGAACCACAAGACCUACUGCGAGCGCGUGCACAGUUCCUUCCCAGACCCAAGUGAGCACUUUCCAGACUUCCCUUUCAAGAAUGGCGGCACAGCGGGCACCGUGGCUCUCAAGCGGCCCACCGGUUCCCACUGCCACCACCGCACUCCUCUCUCGGUUCCAAGCCAGGAUGACGGCAGUCCAGACACAUUACUGGCCAAGAAGAAACUCUACAUGGCGUCAGCAGUCUGCUUGGUUUUCAUGAUUGGUGAAAUCAUCGGGGGCUACCUGGCCCACAGCUUGGCCAUCAUGACGGACGCGGCCCAUCUCCUGACCGACCUCGGCAGUAUGCUGGUGAGCAUCUUCUCCUUAUGGAUUUCCUCCAGACCCCCAGCCAAGAACAUGACCUUCGGUUGGCACCGCUCAGAGAUCCUGGGUGCUUUCUUCUCUGUCAUGUCCAUCUGGAUGGUGACAGGCAUUUUGGUCUACUUGGCCAUCGAGAGGAUCAUACGGGACGACUACGAGAUUGAAGGUCACGUGAUGCUGUUCACCUCCGCCUUCGCCGUUGUGGUCAACAUCCUCAUGGCGUACAUCCUGCACCACUCCACCACCUUCCACGCCCACGGCCGCGGCUACCAGCACAUCGAGGAGGAGGCCCAGAGCCCGCACGGCCACACCCUCUUGGGGGGUUCCCACGGCAGCACCAGCGUACGGGCGGCGUUCAUCCACGUAGUGGGAGACUUGUUGCAGAGCGUCGGCGUCAUGGUGGCCGCCAUCGUCAUCUACUUGCGGCCUGAGUACAAAGUGGCUGAUCCCAUCUGCACUUUCCUAUUCUCCAUCUUUGUCCUGUGCACCACCUUCACUAUCCUCAGAGACGUCUUCAGGAUACUCAUGGAAGGUUCUCCCAAAGGCAUCGAGUUCAAGUCGGUGAAAGAAGUUCUGAUGACGGUGAAGGCGGUCCGCUCGGCCCACUCGCUGCACCUUUGGGCGCUUACGCUGGGACGGACGCUGGCCUCCGUACAUCUGGCUGUUGAUGAAGGCGCCGACACGCAGUCAGUCCUGCAAGAAGCCACGGAGCUCCUCCACACUAAAUUCGGCUUCCACAGCGUCACCAUUCAAGUGGAACGCUACCACGACGACAUGCAGAAUUGCAGACUCUGCCAAGACCCCUGGGACUGA